GUCAUGUAGAACAGGUGAUCGGCACCUUUAUUUUGAAAGAUGAGCCGAACAGUGGGCUUGUUGUUGUGAUGGUCACACUUGCAUACGCCGCUUUACCAAUUUACCAUCUACAAAAGCAACAACGGAUGCCUAAACGGAUUUAAUCCAAAACCCAAGUCAUUUUUUCAUCUUGGCAUCUUUUGGGAUCAUCUCGGUGUGUGUAAUUAUGUGCACAACCUCAUAGUCUCUUCAUUUCUCAGGAGGCUGAGUGUGUUCGUGGUCUCUGUGAGACUAACAGAGGACUGGAGAGCCAGUGAGAGUCAGGGGUUUUAUCAGCCUCACAUUGAGGAGUAUUUCUGUGAGUGUGUAUGCAUGUGUGUCAUGAUGGGCGACGUCAUUGACUUGGACAGACAGAUUGAGCAACUCAGACGCUGUGAACUUAUCAAGGAAAAUGAAGUCAAGGCACUGUGUGCCAAAGCGAGGGAGAUUCUGGUGGAAGAGAGUAAUGUUCAGAGGGUAGAUUCUCCCGUCACCGUCUGUGGUGAUAUACAUGGGCAAUUUUAUGAUUUAAAGGAGCUAUUUAGGGUGGGAGGUGAAGUUCCAGAGACAAACUACCUCUUCAUGGGAGACUUUGUAGACAGAGGUUUCUAUAGUGUGGAGACUUUUCUGUUGCUGCUAGCAUUAAAGGUGCGAUACCCUGACCGAAUAACGCUGAUCAGAGGAAAUCACGAGUCAAGGCAGAUCACGCAGGUGUAUGGCUUUUAUGACGAGUGUCUUAGAAAAUACGGCUCUGUUACAGUCUGGAGGUACUGCACAGAGAUCUUUGAUUACCUGUCCCUCUCUGCUAUUGUUGAUGGCAAGAUAUUUUGUGUGCAUGGUGGCCUUUCUCCAUCUAUUCAAACUCUGGAUCAGAUCAGGACUAUUGACCGAAAACAGGAAGUUCCUCAUGAUGGACCCAUGUGUGACCUACUGUGGUCUGACCCAGAAGACACCACAGGGUGGGGUGUGAGUCCCAGAGGAGCUGGAUAUCUGUUUGGUAGUGAUGUGGUGGCACAGUUUAAUGCUGCCAAUGAUAUCAGCAUGAUCUGCAGAGCUCAUCAGCUGGUGAUGGAGGGCUACAAAUGGCAUUUUAAUGAGACCGUGUUAACAGUGUGGUCUGCUCCAAACUACUGUUAUAGGUGUGGUAAUGUGGCAGCCAUUUUGGAGCUUGAUGAGCAUCUCCAGAAGGAGUUUAUCAUAUUUGAAGCUGCACCUCAGGAAACCAGAGGAAUCCCUUCUAAGAGACCUGUGGCUGACUACUUCCUUUGACUUUUUCAGUC